GUCAAGAGAAUGUGGACAGAUGUAAUAUAUGUUCUCAACAACUUAAAAAUGCUUUUACGGGAGAAGCCAAAGACUUUAAUAUUUAUGAAUUAGAUCUUGAAAAAACUGCUCCUUCGAUAUAUCUAUGUAUUACUGAUAAUAAAGAAUGGUUGGAAGAAGCGGAAUUACAUGAGAUCUAUUUUUGA